AUGAAUGCCAAGAGCCCGCGGGGCAUCGCCGCCACCACCGCAGCCAUGUGGAUGGUGUCACCGCCGGUUGGGAUUUUGCAGUCCACGAAGAAGCUGUUCCUGAGCGAGCGAGCGGGCCGGAGUCGGACGCUGGAGUUCAUCCGGAAAAAUGCUGCCAAUGGGCUUUCCAUGGCCAAUUUGGUGGCAGGGCUCUGCUCCAUCCUCUGCAGCCUCAAUAGGCAACACGAGCGCUCGUGCUGGCUGCUGCUGGUAGGGUUUCUGCUCGAUUUGGCCGAUGGCGCUGUCGCCCGCCAGCUCGACGCCUGCUCGGCGCUGGGUGCCAAACUGGACGAUUUCGCCGACUUCACCACUUUCGGGCUGGCCACGGCUUUGCUGCUGCAGCCGCAGGGCGCCCUGGAUGGGCUCCUGGCCACCGCCUACGUGAUGGCCGUGUUCGCUCGCCUCUGCUUCUUCUCUAGUGGGAUUUCUUUCACCUACCGGGGGCUGCCCUGUCCCUAUGCCUCCUCACUGCUGGCCAGCACCUUCCUGCUGGCGGGGGGCAACGUCACCCUGCUGCAUGUCACUGCUGUCGUCAUGAUCCUCUUCAUGGUCAACCAGAGCUUCUACCCCCACGACAAAGUGCUGGAGUCUCAGCGCUGGAAGAAAGUGGUUUACGCCGGAGGGGUGGUGGUUGUCCUCUUCGUGCCGGGAACAGUGGCUUCCAUCUAUUGCCUCGUCUGGUCACUGACCUACAUCAUCUUCCCCUUCACCAUCUGGAGCUGCAGAGCCUCGACCCAACCUUUGCGUGGUGCCCACUAA